AUGGAGACUGGCGCGGACGUUUGGAUUGCCGACCCAAAGGACAUCUGGACGGCGGCGACAGUGGUGGGCCACCCUCAUGACGACCGACUCAUCGUUCAGCGGCCACAUCUCACGACAACAGAGACGAUUGAACUGACCAAGGAUCGCGACGGGGUGACAACGAACGUCCUUCUGCGGAACAGCCGACUAGACGAAGAAGAACGGAACGAGGACUUGAUCACGCUGCCGCACUUGCACGAAGCGUCCAUCCUGCAAGCGCUGUCGAGUCGAUACGACAACGAUGCCAUCUACACGACGAUCGGGGACAUUGUGCUGUCCAUCAACCCGUUCAAGCGGCUGCCCCUGUACGAGGACACGACCAUGGCGCAGUACGACGCCUCGCCCGACAACAAAUUCUUUGAGGACGUGCUCCCGCCACAUUUGUACACGAUUGGAAAGCGCGCGUUCGUCGACAUGACGCGCCACAACCGCGACCAGGCCAUCUUGAUCUCAGGGGAAAGCGGCGCGGGAAAGACAGAAGCGACCAAGAUCAUCAUGAGCUACCUCGCCAACAUGUCCAAUGGCGGCAACUCGUCCGCGCAAAACAGCAUCGAAACCCAAGUGCUACAGACAAACCCCGUCCUGGAGGCGUUUGGGAACGCCCGCACCGUGCGCAAUGACAACUCGAGCCGGUUUGGCAAGUUCAUCGAAGUGCGAUUCCACCACGCCAAGAUCAUUGGUGCCAAGGUCCGCACGUAUUUAUUAGAAAAGGUUCGCGUGGUAACCCAAGCUUGCCACGAGCGCAACUUCCACAUUUUUUACGAGCUCGUGUCGACGGUGCUGGAGCUGAAUUUGCCGCCAAAAAAGCAGGUGAAGAAGCUGCCGCCGCUGCCGGUAGCGUUCGACCUGCGCAAGAAAGCAACCGAUUGGCACGUCCUGGAGCUUCAGUCGUACGACUUUGUCAACCAGAGCGGGUGCAUGGCGCGGCGGGAUAACGUGUUGGACAUUGACCAGUUCCCAAUCACGAUUCAAGCUAUGCUGGACACGGGCAUGUCGUCGGGCGAUGUUGAGGACGUGCUGGCGCUGGUCGUGGGCAUUCUUCAUGUCGGCAACAUCGCGUUCGAGUCGACGGAUGACAACUUUGAUCCGGCGAUGCGGUGCGCGACCGUGGCGCCGUCGUCCGCCACCGCCGUGGCCGCCGCCGCCAAGCUACUGCAAGUACCCGCCAAGCAACUCACGUCAGCCCUGACCAAGCGGUCUAUUACAACCCACGGCGAAGUGUUUGUGAUGGGCUUGAGCUUAACGCAAGCCAAACACACGCGGAAUGCACUGGCGAUGGAGGCAUAUCGGUCACUCUUUGAGUGGCUCGUGCGCCGAGUGAACACUUCGAUCCAUCCCCCCCCUUCCCCCCUCGAUGAGAACCCCACCCCACGGUCGCAUCGUACGGAUGACCACCACGAACAUAACCGGAUGAUUGGGCUCCUCGAUAUCUUUGGGUUUGAAAUCAUGGCCGUCAACUCGUUCGAGCAGCUGUGCAUCAACUACGCGAAUGAAACCCUUCAGCAGCAGUUCAAUUCGUACGUGUUCAAGACGGAGCAAAAGCUGUACGAUGCCGAGGGGAUUGCGUGGGAGUUCAUCGCGUUCCCAGAUAACGUGGCAUGCCUCGACUUGUUUGAGAAACGACCGAUGGGGCUGUUUUCACUGCUCGAUCAAGAGUGUCGGGUGCCCCAGGGCAGCGACAAAGCUCUCGCUGCCAAGUAUUACAAGGCAUUUGGAGAUCACCAGUACAACUCGCCCCAUCCGAUAUUCAUCGCAACCAACGCCGACGUUCGCGAUGGCCGCUUCACGGUGGUGCACUACGCCGGCCCAGUCGUGUAUGAUGUCGACGGGUUCGUCGAUAAGAACAAGGACGCGCUGGUGGAAUCCGUGGUCGAGUUGCUCCAGAACUCGCUUAGCUCCAUCUUGGCCGAUAUGUACGACCCCGCCAAGAACAACACAUCGACCAAACACACCAAGCGAAGGUCAGCACUCAACUCGACCAUCGGGUCGGUGAACGUUGCUGACCAAUUCAAGACCCAACUGACCGACUUACUCGCGACGAUCGACGGGACCGCGCCCCACUACGUCCGAUGUCUCAAGCCCAAUGACGUCAACCAGCCCAUGCACUUUGAUAGGGUGCGCAUGGUGGAACAGCUGCGCAGCGGCGGCGUCCUCGAAGCAGUCAAAGUCGCUCGAGCUGGCUUCCCCGUCCGGCUCACCCACAAGGAAUUCCGGUCCAACUAUGGGCGCCUUGUCACCCCCCUCACGACCCCCGCGGUCGCCCAGCUCGUGCAAGCCGACGCGUUCCCAGUGUUGAGUGAAUUCCUGCAUGUGUGCCGCGCCCUCUCGGCUCCCCACGGGAACGAUCUUUCAACUGCCACCACCAAUAGCCCGCCCCAGCACCACCCAGCCCACGUUAGCCUUGGCAAGACCAAGGUAUUCUUUCGCCGCAAAGCAUUUGAAGACGUCGAGACACUUAAGCGGCGGGUGUACACGACGUCGGCCGUCCAGGCCCAGCGCCUCGUGCGGGGCUUUCUAUGCUUCCACGCGUACCGGCGGCUCCAGCAUGCGACGCUGUCGGUGCAGUGUGCGUUCCGCCAGCAUGUCGCAUACACUCGGCUGCAGCAUCUCAGGCAGGCCAAGGCGUCUGUGACACUGCAAAGUUGGACCCGCCAAGUGCUGGCGCGCCGGGCGUUCGAACACCUUCGGUACGCGGUGGUGGUGCUGCAGGCCAAGCACCGUCAGAUGGUCGCCAAGGCGGUCGUGCACGCCCGACGACAGCAUGUUCACGCGGUGCAAGUGCAGAGACUGGCGCGGGGGUUCCUCGCGCGGCGGCAGUACGCCACGGCCCGCCGUCACAUCGUGGCUGUGCAAUGCCACUGGCGGCGGCGACGUGCCCGGCGGUUGCUCGCGACGUUGCGCAGCGACUUUCGCAACGUCAAGGCACUCCAAGAUGACAAGCGCAAACUGCAAGAGGAGCUCAAGCGAGUGGAAAGAGAGCUCGGCGACAAGGCCGCGCUCGAAGACGCGAAUCGCAAGAUGCAAGCUGAGCUCGACUUGAUGCGAAAGACACUCGAACGCGUGCGGUCAGCCAGCGAUUUCGAUGCGAGGGACGACCUUGCGACGUCGCCGACGAAAUCACUGGGAAGGGGGGGGGUCGGUCCUCCGCCUUCAUCUCGGAUGAUCCGGGCACGCCGGCCGCCCAUCAGCAUGAUUGCCACGAGCAAGUCCCGGUCCAACACGUUUGGUUCGUCUUCUUCUAUGAGCUCGACCAUCCACUAUGUCCGCCGAGACUCGAAGCUCCUGACUCAGCAGUUCCAAGCCGAUAAACUGCACGAAGAACGCAUGAUGGAUGAUGCCACAAGUAGCAACCCCCAACGCCCCCCCCCGCCCCCCGCGCAUGUGUUUUCCGAGCUCAUUCACAACGUCGUGAGCUUAUUUGAUAACCAAAGAAUCAACCAAGUGCUGUCCAAGCCGCCAUUGUCCAAGUCGCCCAGCAGCGGCAGUGGGACGCCUCCGUCGUCGUCUGUACGACCCCCGUCGAUCCACAAGGGACGCAGUCGGACGCUAUCGGUGGACCCCGAGGUGGCGAUUCCUGAAAACCAGGACGAGUACAACUACGAAGACAUGCUCAAGGAACAUGGGCUGCUGCCAGUGAGCGAUGACGUUCAAGAAGCCCAAAGCAUCAUGGAGCAGCGCUUCCGCGCCAUGAGCUCGUCGUCACGCAAGCGCAGCGACUCGAGCUUUUCAGGUGUGACAUCCUUGUCGGGGCGAGAUGUGGCGCGGUGGAGCAAGGACGUUCGAUGCAAGGAAUGCGAUUGCGAGUUCAACUUGUUUGUGAGGCGCCACCAUUGCCGCCAAUGUGGGUUUUCGUUUUGCUUUGAGCACUCGACAAGGCGGAUUGCGCUGCCGUCGCAGGGGUACAAGGACCCUGUCCGCGUCUGCGACGACUGCUUUGAAUACGUGAGCAACUUUAACGAACAGCUCAUGUACCUUGGCGAAGACGAGAUCUACGACGCGUAA